AUGGUCGCUGACAUCACUGACAUCCGGGGUGCGAUGUGCUUGACCUCUCGGCCGCCUCGGCCUUUGCCGCAUCCAUGUCCUCGGAAAUUGCACCAUCCUGGGGAGCGCUGCGGUUGUGCACGACGCCUGGACAUCUUAGUGCCCCACGGCCACUCCAGGACUGCUGACCGCGGAUCGCUCCAUUGCGCGCGACUUCAGAACUUACGCUGGCGCUUGACAUCCUCCGUGAUCCAGCAACGUUUUCCUUGCUCGGAGAAAUUGAGGCAAUCGCUACCUGCUUCCCUCCGGGUGCUGGCGGAGGAUCACAAAGGGGACGCGGCUUCAAAGAUUCAGCGUCCUUUGUCCCCGGAACGAAAGUUUCGACGAAGCGUCAUGUCUGGAACAAAACGGGUGCCGCUCGGCUGCUUGAGGACCACAGCUUUCCACAGGUCAUAG